UUUCGCUAGGUCUGCCUCUGGCCUCCAAGCGAACCUUCCGUACAGCAUGGCAGCUCCCGGACCCACGCCCCGGGACAGAAUGUUCCGUACAACAUGGCUUUCUACAGAGUGCGAUUCCCAGUCACUUCCGCCCAGCUACCGGAAGUUUCCAUUUGAAACCGAGGCGGCCGACUUGGCAGGAGGCGCGACAGUUGGUUCAGAGGAUCUUUUGAAAGAGAGCGACAAGGACUGCGGGCAGGACCGGCGGGCUCCUGGAGUUCAGCCGUGCCGCCUCGUUACGAUGACCAGUGUGGUUAAGACAGUAUAUAGCCUGCAGCCCGCCUCUGCGCUGAGUGGCGGCCAGCCCGCAGACACACAAACUCGGGCCACUUCUAAAAGUCUCUUACCUGUUAGGUCCAAAGAAGUUGAUGUUUCCAAACAGCUUCAUUCAGGAGGUCCAGAGAAUGAUGUCACAAAAAUCACCAAACUGAGACGAGAGAAUGGGCAAAUGAAAGCUACUGAUACCACCACCAGAAGGAAUGUCAGAAAAGGCUACAAACCACUGAGUAAGCAAAAAUCAGAGGAAGAGCUCAAGGAUAAGAACCAGCUCUUAGAAGCCGUCAACAAGCAGCUGCACCAGAAGUUGACUGAAACUCAGGUAAGAGACCCACCAGAGCUCUGUUACCAGCUGCCACUGAGCGAUGCACAUGGAAUCCUGAUGGGUGGCCCCUUGGGUGAGCAAAGAGACUUCCGCAGUUAG